AUGUUAGCCGCCAGUUCAUCAUCAUAUGAAUUAAUGGAAUUUCUAGUAAACAGAGGGGCAAAUGUUAACUUCCAUAAAGGUAUACUUUUUAGAGGAAAUAGGAUAAGUUUGAAACAAUGUUAUUUAUCUUUUUUAUUUGCAUUCUAUAGGUAACUUUUUUUUCCUAAAGUUGGAUAGUGAUGAGGUAAAUUGCUCACUGCUAACCAUUUUAAUGCCCACAGUGGCCAUUGUAAAACUUCACAAGAAUUCCAUUUUUUUUUUGUUUUUUUGAAUCAGGAAGGGAUAAAUAGUAUCUGUAACACACAAGAGUUCUGCCAAAGACGUUUUAUUUGAAUGGCAACACCAAAGGAUUUCAUCUACAGAUUUACAACAAGUUAAACUGACAAAACACACUGCCACAACUUAGUGACACCACUACUAGUUUUCCCGCAAAAUGAUGUUUGCGGAAUGUCUGCUGAAAUUCUAUUCUAAUGGUGUGUCACUGCCAAGACCUGGGUAGUACUUCUGAUUGGUUGAAGCAAGUUUCCCUCGUGGCAAGACCAAUCAGAAGCACUACCCAGAUCAGGGAAGUGACACGUCAUCAGUAUGGAAUUCCCCCAUUCAAUCAUCCCUGUGACUUGAAAUCCGGAGUACCCCGGGGUCAAUUCACGAGGAAACCAGUGGUGAGAUUGCAGAAUGUCAGCUGUUUCCUCAGGCUACCUGUUUUGGGAAAUUCUCUCUGAAUAAGGCCUAAGCCAUAGAAAUAGAAAUUUACAAUGUACAUGUACCUCAAACCAUCAUUUUUGUUAUGACUGGUUUCACAUACAUGUAUCAGUGCAGUUGAUAUUAGGUCACUUAUGACUCCAUUUUAAUGCAGAGAUGUACACUGUGCUGAUGGCAACAUGUGCAACAUCUGCACGCAUUCCAGAAGAACAGGUUUUCAAGUGUGUUGAACUGCUGCUACAGAAGAAUGCCAGAGUCAAUGUUUACGAUAAGUAAGCUGUUUUAGUAAUGAUUCUAUUUAAAUAAUCUUCGUUAAUUAACCCCUUCCUUCUAUUCAUAUAUGCUGCAAUUCUUUUUUCUGCGAACUAUCUAGAUAUCGCAUGUCUCCAUUAAUGUAUGCUGCAAAAGAAGGAAGAGUUAAAGUUUGCGAGAAGCUGUUAGAACAGGGUGCUGAGAUCAACAAGCAAGAUAUGCGUGGGUGGACGGUGAGUGUAGUUAUUAUGAGUCCUGAAGAUGAAACUAGUGUUUGCUCUUGCUUUAACUUCUUGGAAACAUUAGGAUCUUUUAUUUUAAGCUUUGUAUCACACAGAUGUGUUCCUCAACAGUUUUUUGAAUUUCACUGUAUAUAAAAUCAAAAUUGUGUUCUAAUGUGUUUCUUAGUCUUUGUCAUUUGCGGCAAGCCGUGGUCAUGGUCGAGUUGUACGCACCUUGCUGGAUCUCGGGGCAGACCCUAAGGUUUAUUCAAAUGAUGGACAAACUGCAAGUGAUAUUGCCUACUCUAAUGAAUAUCAUGCUGUAAGUUCACAUGAGUUCUUUUGUCAGUUGUUAGUCACAUAGAAUAGGACAGUAAUUAAUGGUAACAGGACUGAGUGGAGUCCAAUUCUGUAAUCAUACGAGUGAUUAAAAAAAAACCGGACGACCACGUAGCGGGAGUCCGAUUUGUUUAAUCACGAGUAUGAUUACAGACCGAAUUUGACGACACGAAGUUCUGUUACCAAUUAAUCAUAACUUUAACAAAAUUUGUGAUAUAAUAGGCUAAUUUUUUUACAUCAAAACACAAGGAAUUCGGCAUUUUGUUUUGCUAGCUUAAAAAAAAAAGCCAUUUAAGCGCGUGCUUGAUAGCUCGUACUGUCCAAUUACUUAGGCAUGACGCGUACUGUCCUAUUAAACAGGGCAGGGCAGUUGAUAGCCAAUCAGAUUUGACAAUUUUGUUAUAGUUAUGAUAAACAAUAUUAUUCCUGAUUUCUGUGGCUAAUUUUUAGAGUUGUCUAACAUUUUAAAUGAAAUAAUAAGAUUUCAGAUAUCAUUUCCUUUGUGGCCAGUGGAAAACAGGGGGCUAGUACAGAAGCUGCUACUGAAGAAGCUAUGGAGCAAAGAAGGUUAGAGAACAAGGCUCAGUGUUAAUGCUCUUAGCUUCUGAAAAAUGCACACAUCCUUUUGCUGGGUAGAAAAUAAUUUAGUGGCAAAUACUAGCAAAACUGGACUUCAUAAGCCAACCCUAACCCCUAACCCCUAAACAAAUUCCGUUUGCAAAAGGAAAUGAAUCAGGGUUCUUUAAUGAGGUCUCUUGUCAUAAACAGUGUAGCCAAAAAGGUCUUGGUGGCGCACCUCUACCCCAACUUCCAUUGAGUUCCCCACCUACCGGGUAAUAACCUUAUUUUGAAAUUCUUCUUUUUUUGCCAUUAUUUGUAGUGUUAAUGUAACAGAAGACAGCUCACUCAGUUACGGUAGCCUGGAGUUAUUUCUUGCUGGACAUGAACUAACACAUCUACUGCCCAAAUUUCAGGUAAAAUUUUAGCAUGAGACUAUUUGCUUGUUCGUGAAAUAAUUCAUUAUGGCCCACAUAUAAUGGAAUUGAAUGAAUGUAACUGCUUCAGGGCUGUAGCCAGACUUCAGAACAAGACGAGGCAAGUUUCGAGCGCCAAAGGCGCAAGCCCCUAGUGGGGUCUAGAUUUUGAAAUCUAGAGGCUCAGAAAUGCUCUUGUAAGCAUUUUCCAUGGCAUUUUUCUUCAGAAAAGUCAGUCUUGGGAAAGUGUAGAAGGUCACUUUUUUAUUGCUUAGCGAUACUGGUGCCAAGUUAAUGACCAUCUGCAUUUUAAAGCAUUUGAAAAACCGCUACUCACAGUUCACAUGAAACGAAUUAAUCUAAUUAAAAUGGUUUUCCCCUCAAUUCAUCCAAUUUAUAUUAGCUGGUUUUAUCUUAACCAAUCCAAUUUCUUCUAGGGAUUAUUUUCUCAAUUAAACGUUUCUUCCAAAAAAAAAAGGCCAAAAUCAAGACGAGGCAACUGCCUCGCGUUGCCUCAUGCUAGCUACAGCCCUGUGCUUUUGUUGAAAGCUGGUUUCACUAGCGAUGAUGUCAGAGUCAGAGUCUUAAUCAGAAGGGUACAACAUGACGAUCCAGUGAAAACAGUCUUCUGAUUCCUCUUAUGACUGUGUCGCGAUCUAGUGAAAACUAGGUUGUCUGAAUCGCAAGCAAAAGCGGAAGAGCAAAAUCAAUCCUUCCCCUUCUGCUUCUGAGUUCGCCUGACAAAACAGCCAACAAUGCACAAAGCCACCACUGGUUUCCCCGCGAAAUGAAGUCUGUGGAAUGAGUGCGAAAAUUCCAUACUGAUGACGCAUCACUACCCAGAUCUGGGUAGUGCCGACUUCUGAUUGGUUAAAAAUUUGCUUCAUGCUUCAACCUUUAUAGAAUACCUGUAAAGAGUUGUAUUUUUUUCAUUGUUCAGGAACACAAGGUUACAUUUGAUGGUUUCUUGAGUCUGACAGAAAAGGAACUGGACCAGGUACAUACCCUUAACAGUCGUCACAAGUUAGCUUUAAGCCCCGGCCAAACCCAGCGCUCAAAAUGAUUUUCAGACGGUGGCCGGACAUGAUGACCGGCAGCCGCCGUAGCCGACGCGAUCGUUAGCGCGAGCAAAAUUUUGGCUGAGGAGCUGCGAAGUCGUGCGCAGAAUGGGUAGUUAACUAUUCCUUGUGUAAUUUUCUAUCGAAAUUUUUAGAAAGAGACCAUAAUGAGGAUUUGGUUGUUUUUUCAAGAAUGAGAGUCUGUGUGACCAGUGAACAUGACUGGCAAUUGAAGUUUCGGGCCGGAUAAGUCGCCAUAUUGACUAAAAAUUAUCCGUUGCCCGGCUGUUAUUUUGAGCCCUGCAAACCAAUGCAACUUAUUUAUACAGCAGUGAAGAUAGAACGACCAGGUGUAGAAAACUGCCUCAUGCAACUCUUGUUGUCUAGGUAUCUGUUCAAUCAAAAGGUUAUGGACAUUUAUUGUUAACGUGACAGUUAUCUUCUUUAUUCAAUCAGAUGGGAAUAACCCAGAUAGGUGUGCGAACUAAAAUCCUGGAUUCCAUAAGAGAAAUUCACAAGAAAGAAUGGGAUGUAACCAGCUUACAGGCCUUGGAGAAGCAUUCAUUAAGGUACGGUUAGUAUUUCAAUCUCGGGUACGAAACCCCAGAAAAAGUGUCUCCUUUCAGGCUAAGCUGGAGUAAUUAUAAUUAUUAACACUUCAAUUCACGUGCUGAAAGUUCAGUUUAUCUUGGGCAUGACCUCUAACUUCAAUUGCCUUAGCUUUUCCANGUGAAGAUAGAACGACCAGGUGUAGAAAACUGCCUCAUGCAACUCUUGUUGUCUAGGUAUCUGUUCAAUCAAAAGGUUAUGGACAUUUAUUGUUAACGUGACAGUUAUCUUCUUUAUUCAAUCAGAUGGGAAUAACCCAGAUAGGUGUGCGAACUAAAAUCCUGGAUUCCAUAAGAGAAAUUCACAAGAAAGAAUGGGAUGUAACCAGCUUACAGGCCUUGGAGAAGCAUUCAUUAAGGUACGGUUAGUAUUUCAAUCUCGGGUACGAAACCCCAGAAAAAGUGUCUCCUUUCAGGCUAAGCUGGAGUAAUUAUAAUUAUUUACACUUCAAUUCACGUGCUGAAAGUUCAGUUUAUCUUGGGCAUGACCUCUAACUUCAAUUGCCUUAGCUUUUCCACUUUGCGUUUUAGUUCUUUAUGGAUAAUUGAUGCUAUGUUUUUGUUUUUUGACAAAGCAGUAUAGCGCCCCGUUUUGCUAAAAUAAGUAAACCCCCCUCUCCAUUAAGCCUCCCCCACCCUCUCAAAUGCGCUCGAAGUACUUAAUAAGCCCCCUGGGGGUGGAGGUUAAUAGAGGAUUUACGGUAAUCACCUCCCAAUGACCCUGUGUAUACAUUUCUUUUUCGUACAGUGCCGCUGAAGUUACCGUCAUUCUUGCUAAUGUGUCAAAGUACUUAACGUACGUAAGAAGCAGUGUAUCCUAUGUACAGAAACACUUAAACUCUGUCCGUGAGCCUCUGGAAUUUGUACAG